GAUUUUGCGCGCGCGUCAGUCCGGCGGCCAUUUACGCUCCCCGUCUCAGUCUCGUGGUCGCGUCUACUCUUCGCUCUCUCACCUGGGCCCUCUUUCUGCACUCCAUACCCCGCACAUCAUUGAUCGAAGUUGCCCCCGAGAGCAGUAGCGUAGCCGGAGCAUCGUCCGAAAGCAGGAGCGAAGUCGUGCUCGUUUGUUGUUUUUUUAUCUCUCUCCGGACAGUGAGAGAGAGAUAGAGAAAGCGAGUCGUAGUUGUGUGCGGAGUAGCGUAAGUAGGCAUUCAUAGACAAACGAAAAAAAAAAAACAGCCCCGACGCGAUAAAGAGCAGACGGUGCGUGCGGUUUAGCUAUUAUAAAAUCUCUAUAACGUGGGGAAAUGGCGGACAGGUCGAACAACGGCAUGAACAUGCAGGAGGACAGGAGAUCCGCUGCCGAGAAGGAGGAGGACAAGAUCCAGUCGGAGAAGGCCAACGAGUAUGUCCGGGAACUCAUGCAGGAGAAGCAUGAACUCGAUACCCAGAAGGCUCCCAACGCCGCUCGACUUCUCGAUCAAGAGAUUCACAAGACCCAGUCGAGCGGUAAGCCGAACAAGGACCAGAAGUACGUCGACAUUUAUCGCGAGAAGCCGAUUAGGGUGUCCGUUAAGGUGCUAGUGCCUGUCCGAGAACAUCCCAAGUUCAACUUCGUCGGCAAGCUGCUGGGCCCCAAAGGCAAUUCCAUGAAGCGGCUGCAAGAGGAAACAAUGUGCAAGAUGGCUGUUCUUGGUAGAGGAUCUAUGAAGGAUAGGCAAAAGGAAGAGGAUCUGCGCAAGAGUCUCGACCCCAAGUACGCGCACUUGUCGGACGACCUGCAUGUCGAGAUCACGGCUCUUGCUCCGCCAGCCGAGGCCCACGCUCGUAUCGCCUUUGCUUUAGCCGAGGUUCGCAAGUAUCUCAUUCCCGAUAACAACGACAAUAUCCGCCAGGAGCAGAUGCGCGAGAUGGAACUGACCGUCGACGAGCCCAUUGAAGAGAGACGACCCAGUGCUCGUGGAGGUAUCCUCAGGCCUGUCUCCAGACCCGGACCACCCGGACCACCGAUGCGCGGACCUACUGCUAGACCAGCGAUUCUUCCUCCGCCGCCACCGUCCCGAGGACCAGCCGCUCGGCCUAUUCCAGCUAAGACCAAGGUCUUCUCGAUCUUGGAUCGUGCUCGCGUUGCUAUGGAUCAAAGCUAUGGGUACGACUCGGCCCCAGCACCACCAGCCAGUCGUUCGUCUCACCAUGACUACGAUUAUCACGGCUCCUCAAGCAGCAGCCGAUAUGGCUCUGGUGAUCGUCAUUACUCGUCAUCUAACACCGACGACAUGUACCCACCACCGCCGUCCUCGAGGUAUGCAGGUGGAGGCGGUAGCUCCUAUGACUAUGAGGAUGACGCCGGUCCUCCUCACAGCUCCUCCCACGACUACUACGAUGCUCCGGAUUAUCCAGUUCAACGAUCGAUGAAAUUCGCUGAGGACUCAUCUAGCCGCGCAUGGAAAUCAUACAAGACAACAACAACCGGAACUGGGGGCUCGGGUGCAAGCUCGCGCUAUCGAGCUGCCCCUUACUCACGCCCCUCUAAGUAAACUUCACUGCGGCUAAUGCGGGCCCUAACUAAUUUGACAUACACAUUCAGGGGCAAAAGCGCGUCGUAAUUUUCAUUGUCAUUACUGAAAUAGUAGUGACGGCCUGAUACUUUAUUUUCCUAGAGCAGUGUAUCUUUUUUAAAAACUGAUGUAAUGUUUAAUAUUCUCUUCGAUUGAAUUGACUGAAGUGAAUGUAUAGUUUUACAUUUAAAUAAAUGUAGUUUAAUGAUCAAAAAGCUGUAUUCGAUUAUAGGAGCAAAUCAACUUUAAUUUUGAAAAGCAUGCAAUAAAAAACCAUAAUGAUUCUGCUUCCUUAACCAAGCAAUUACAAAAUGACAAUGAGUUUAAAAUUUACAAAAAAAUAAUUCGUAUUUAAUAAUACUUUGACGUAAAACUUCUUGAUUUCCAAUGUAACUAGCGCUAUCAACUAAUUAAAAAACACACGAUAAUAAAAAAUAGAUGAUUUUCAUGUUUCGAUGAAGAUUUAUUGCCAUCUAUAAAUAAUAAAAGUAUCAAAUCACAGUUAAAAAAGCAACUGGUGCAUAAUUAAUCAUUCCUUCGACAUUCGCUAUUAAAUAUUUAAUGUGAAAUUAAUUAAAGCGAAUACUUUAAUAUGAAUUUUAGUACAAAAUAUCAAUAAAAUCUAAAUCCUCAUCGUUGCACGAUAUCCCGUUAAAACCUUGUAAUCCCUCCCUACGCGGCAGCGACAAGGAUAAGAGAGAGAGAGAGAGAGAGAGAGAGAGAGAGAGAGAGAGAGAGAGAGAGAGAGAGAGAGAGAGAGAGAGAGAGAGAGAGAGAGAGAGAGAGAGAGAGAGAGAGAGAGAGAGAGAGAGAGAGAGAGAGAGAGAGAGAGAGAGAGUAAUCUAACACUGGGGAGCCUAGAUAAGAUCAAGAGGAUCGCAUGCCUGCCGCGAAGAAACUAAUCAAAGUGCUGCAUACAAUAUAAACAUUUUAACGAGUUUGAAAUGUUGCUUUAUAUGGCUUUAAAUACUAAUGAAAAUGGCAAUAUUUUCAUGGUGCAAAAUUAAAUAAAAAUAAUGAACGUUUAUACUCUAUUUGUUAUCGUUCAUGUACGCCAACAGCUUGCCUGGUCAUAGGAAAAAAUGAAUAACGAAGAGAAUACAAACUAAUUAUAAUUAUAAUGUCAUUUCUGUAAUACAACGAUUAAACAAUUGUGUAUAAUUAAUUUUUUAUAGUACAUAACAUACAAUAUAGCUUUGACAGCGUUAAUAAAUAAUUUUGUAGUAGUGUACUGUAUCCUUUUACCAGCGAAAAUACAUUAAACAUGUUUAGUAAUUUUAUUAAGUCAUGUAAACGGUUCUCAAUAUUAGCAGUGACGCGAUAAUAAAAUAAGUAGUAAUUAAAAAUAGAUCAAUGUAUCCCACUCAACAGUUUAAAUGUCAUGUACGUAAGCAUCUAAACACACAAAGCUUUCUUUAAGAGGAAGCAAAACUAAGCGUCAAAUAUGUUUUUCCCAAUGCAAUACAAGAUCGCAUAAAAUAAUACUUUAGGGCGCAGUUAAAAGCCUAUAACAAAAUUUAUACAGUAGUCACUCAUUUUUUACCUCUUAUUUUAUGUAAUAACAGACAAAAUAAAGUAAACAAAAUAAA